GGAUAACGCGGCGAGUGCGGCAAGAGACGUCGCCCAUGGCUGCAGCUCGAGUGAAGGAGCAGUUCGAGGAGGAGAUGCGGCAGCAGCUGGUGGAGGAAGAGGGGCUGCUGGAUGAGUCGGAAUGGAGGCAACUGAUGGGAGCGACAAGCUCGCGGGCAGUCGGGAGGCAGCAGGGGAGCAACAAGGAGGAGAUCAUACGCGAGCUAGGCAACCUCUUUCCCUCCUACUCGCCAGCGUCGAUCGCCGCAGCCGCAGCCGCAGCCGCUGACCUUGAAGCUGCUGUCUUCCACCUCCUCUCGUCUGUCCCUCCAUCGGUGGAGGAUGACGAGCAGGUGCCGCUGGAGAUCUUCGAAGAGGCUUCUCUUGCAGGCUCCACCUCCGUCUCCUCCUCCCCUCCAGCUCGCGCAGCUUCUCGUCCUCUUGCCUCAGCAGCUGCUGGGUCGCUCAAGACGCCGCCUGUCACCACAGGAGCGUGUGGGUUUGGACUUUGGUUUGACGUGAAGACGAAAGACCAGCCGAUCGUCAUCACGGGGCUGCGGAGCGCAUCAUCACCGGGGCUCAACUGGGGGCAGGGGCAAGCUGUGCGGAUGAAGGUGCUGACGACAAGCGGGACGGGGCGGGGGAAGGAGCUGAAUCCUUCCGCAUGGGAGCUGGUGGGUGAGGAGGAGGUCAGCCUGCCCAUGGUCAGCUGGGCAGACACAAAUCCCGAGUACGGGAGCCUCCCGCUGCAGCAGCCCCUUCGCAUCCCCCCCAACUCUGUGCGAAGCUUCCUCCUCCACACCAACGACUUGUACGGGCUAGUCCAGAGCGUUGGCGCUGGAGCGGGGGGGACGAUGGAGUUCUGGGACGAGGACGAGGACGGGCCUCAGCCGUACCGCUGCGGCUCAGAGAUCACCAGCAACGAGCAUCUCGAGAUUCGCUGCGGGCUCUCCAUCGGCGCCAUGCUCUUCGAAGAGUUUGAGGGCGUCGCCCUCCCCCAGCCCGGAGGCUUUGCGGGAGUGAUCGAGUACACCGUCGGGUGAAGGAGGACGAGGACCGGGAGGCGAAGUUAACGAACGUAAAGCUUUUCUUCUGAUAAAAAAUAGUCCUGCUCCAGCCCAAGCUCUUCCCUCUCACGCUUUCUCACUAGUUUUCCGGAACUUACGCAUGGCUUUGAGAUGCGCGAGCAACGCGCGAUUCUGGCUGCUUCCUGAAGUGCUCGAGGACGAGAGCGAACUCGAGGAGGAGUAAGAGUCGAAGGAGCUCGUGGAGGACAUGGAACCGCUAGAGAUGGUGGAGGCGUCAGAGAAGCAGUCUUCCAGUGCCGCCCCCCACAGGAGGCGAGUUAUUCUCUCCCUGAUCUCCUCAGCACGAGCACGGAGGGCGGGGGCGGAAACUUCGCCCUCGCCGAAGGGAGGUUCACAGGGGUCGAGACUCAAACUCUGAAGCUCCUCCGAGAUGGCUCGAAGCUUCUCACCGUGCAGACUCGCGCUGCUGCCCUCUCGCUCCAUGAGCUGCAACUCAGCACACAGCUCCUCAGCCCUCGCUUGAUACUCGCCGAUCAACGUCUGCUCAUCCCGCACGACCUUCACCUUCGCCGCGACUUCGUCCUUGGCGCGUCUCAGAUCGAGUUCGAUCAUGUGCAGCUCGUUGUCCUUGGCUUCCAACGUCCUAAGGUAUCCAUCCAGCGUGUCCUUGCUUGCUUCCCCUUGCUUCAUCAGACUCCCCGCCCGACUCUGCAGGGCCCGGCAUGCGGUCAAGCAAUCGAACACGCUCCCAGCAUCGUGAUCAGGCGCGUCCAGGCGAGGUUCGAACAUGGACAGCAGCACGUUAUACCUGCUGGGUUCCUCCUCUCCUGCGAGACUGACCCGCACAUUCAGGCUGACCUCGUCGCCCGCUUGGUCGUACAAGGUCAACAGACUCAUCGGACACUCCCCAGGCUUCUUUAUCGCAGUCUCUAUCAUCUCCUGCAACAUCUGGAAAUUCGUCGACGGCCCUUGACAUAUUUUCAACGACUUGCCCACCACGAAAUCUUGUUUAAACCCAAAGAAAGUUGUCCAUGACGGUGAAACUUGCUUGACAAUGUAUGGCGGGUCUGACUUGAUCAGAACCGAGCAAGAUUCGUUCCCUCCCUCCAUCUCUCAAGGCUGAUGAUCGCUCCAAGAAAUCCUCUUCACAGCUCAAUCUCACUUC